AUGAAAACCAUAAAUAUAGAUAUUAAAGACAGAAGAAUUAUUCAUAAGUUAUAUUUAAAUGAAAAGGCUGUGAUAACAGGCAAAGGAAUUAAAUCAUGGGAAGAAGCAAAUAUUGAAAAAGGAGUUAGACAAGGGUGUAACUUAUCACCAACACUAUUUAAUCUGUACAUUGAAAAUACUCUAAAUCAAUUAAGGGAAGAAGAAAUUGGAGGAAUAAAAAUAANAAACAUGAAUGAUAGCUGUAAAGAGUACAAAAUGAAAAUAAAUAAGAGUAAAACAAAAAUAUUAAUAUGCAGCAAAGCAGGAAUUGUUUUCGAACAUAACAAUUGAAAACGAGAAGCUGGAAACUGUUCAAUGUUUUACGUAUUUAGGAAGCAAAAUAACACAUGAUGGAAGAAGCGAAAUGGACAUAAAAAGUAGAAUAGCACUAGCAAAACAGGCAUUUUACAAAAAGAAGCACCUAUUUACGACAAACACUGUUAGCUUAAAUACCAGGAAAACUCUUAUAAAGAGUUUUGUGUGGAGUAUAGCCCUUUAUGGGGCAGAAACAUGGACGAUACUCAAAGCGGAAAGAAAAAAAAUUGAAGCAUUUGAAACACGGUGUUGGAGAAGAGCACUAAAAAUGUCUUGAACAAAGAAAAUUAAAAAUGAGGAAGUAUAUCUAAGAAUGAACGAACAAAAAACAAUAUGGACGAUAAUCAGAGAAAGGAGGAAAAAAUGGAUCGGACAUAUUAUGAGAAACAAUGAAUGGAUAAAUUACGACAAUAACGACAAUAAUAGAAGGAAAAGCUGAAAGAGGUAGACCAAGAACACCAUUUAUGAAACAGAUCAUAGAAGACAUAGGGAAAACCAAUUAUAAGGAACUAAAAGUAGCUGUAAUGAAUAGAGACAAGUGGAGAGCCAUCGAAGGUAUUUAACCAAUCUAAGGAUUGAAAAAAAAAAAAAAGAAAGAAACAUAAUGAUGAUCAAAUUAAUGACGUAGAGAUAAUUGGGCUAUGGAAUUUGCUGUUUGUGCACUGCGACUAUAAGAAAGGAAAUGAUGGGAAUUAUUAAUGCGAAAAGUUCGGAAAUAAAUUUGAAAAAAUUUGGACAACAACGUUAUUGGACGUUAUAGGAUAUUAUAAGAAUCGGCGGCGGAGUCGUAAGAAAAAAUUUAAUUUAUACAGUAACUGAAAACUGAAAUAUCACCGAAAAUCACUUUUGUGAAUAUGACACGUAUACAUUUAUAUGUGUACGUUUAGUAUUUAUGUGAAACAGAUAGAUAGGUAACAUAAAUUAAAAUGCCCUAUUUAGACAAUUAGUUAAUCUAUAGGAAGGACAUUGAUUGGUAAAACGCAAAACUUGCAAACGAGAGGGGUGUAUAAUAUUAUCAAUAUUAUUGAAAAAAAAAUGAAAAAUGAAAAAAAUACUGCGUUGGGGGUGUUUACUCAUGCGUUUAUUGUAAAAACGUCAAUUACAGAACUUUAAAAAUUUCAAUGGCGCCCCUGUAGUUAAAGCGCCCGGUGCGUGGGCACCUCUCGCACCCCCCGAGCACAGCCCUGGAUCAUCAUAUUCAAGCUAUUUACGUAACGUUUUCCACAAUUUGUGCCAAACUAUCAGCCCGCGUGCAUAUUUAAUAGUUAAUAAAUAAAUAUUUAAGUAUCUGGUAUAUAUUAUGAAUAGGUACUCUAAUAAAAUAGCUUAAUAGGCAGGUACCCAAGUUUUCGAAGUAUUUAUAAUAUAAUCCAAUCACUUGUAUCAGUAAAAUGUUUCACUAUAGAGUAGGUACCAAAUUUGUAAUAUUAUUAAUUGUACACGUCAUGUUUACAAGUUUUGCGUUUUUCCCAUCAGUGCCCCUUAAAAUUGCCUAAAUAGGAAUUUUUAAUUUACAUUGCUUUUUCCGUGCCCCUUUAAAACGAAUAUGUUCUAUCCAGAUUUAUACGGUCUAGAUUUGUAGUGUCCAAUAUUUUACGACAAAUGUAUCGAAACCGUAUUCGUUUAUAAUAUCCGUUAUUUACUAUAACUCGGCCAUUGUUUUUAUGCAUUUAUUAUCCUGUGUUCAUUGAAAAUUAAACACAAACAAAAGAUUAUCAUCACGUAUAUGCAAAAAUAUUUAAUCUUAUAUAGUGACUUACUUUAUUUUAUUUUAUUUUUUUGUACCCACUUCAGAAGAAAUGUUUUAAAGGACAAAUAAAAUUUAGUUAUAUAAAUAAACCUUGUAUUUUAUCAUUCUUUCAAUCAUUUUUUCACAUUACUAAAUUCAAUACUAAUAACAUAUUGCAUAAAUAUUUGUUAAACUCAUUAGCACUAUUUCCGAUAUUUAUUUAUUAAUUUCUUGGAGUGCUUAAGUAUGCGCCAAGCACUGGCGUAUUUACGGGAGGGGUCAAUGGGGUCCGGACCUCUCCCAUUGACUCGUGCAUAUUAAAUUUUGUGUUUCUACAUGAUUAAGAAAAUCAAAUUUUAUCACGUGAUACGAAGUAUUUUGUACAAUUUUUUCGACGCUUCAGUCAUCAAAAUGUUUUAUAUCGUGAUAUUUUUUGUUAUCAAUUUAAUACCAAACAUGGUUGAAAAAUACCGUGUUAUUGAUUGUUGAAUAAACGCUCUACUGUCAUAAAAAUUAAUUAAUUUUAUUUACAACCAGUUAAAUGGGAUAAUUCUUUUGUAGAAUUAAACAUUUGGAAAAUUAAAUUAAACAAUGGAGGUAUCAAUACCAAAAGUGAAUUAAACACAUUUAUAAGCUGUUCGAAGACAGAUUACAAAUUUUCCAAACAUAAAGUUUUUGUACAUUGCAAGUAUCUACAGCUACUUUGGAAAGAUCUUUUUCAACCUUAAAAAGUUUUAAAACUUAUCUUAGAUCAACUAUGAAUGAAGUAAUGUAUUUAGGAAAUAUUUAUUAUAAAAGUUAUAACCUAACUAUAUUUUAUUUUUAUUUUGUGUUUAAGAUAGACUAAAUGGACUGGCAUUGAUGUCAAUUCAUCGGGACAUACCCCUCAAUGUGGAUGCUAUUAUUGAUGAAAUUAAGCAUUUAGUUCUAGGCGAAAUCUAG